AUGGAUCACGGCGCUGCAGUCCUCGACCCAGCAUUACGAAGCGUGACACCAUCGAACAAUGGCAGCAAUGGCAUGAGCGGGCCACCCCAGGGCGCCGCUGCGGCGUACCACGAUGCCGAAGGUGCCGCCGCCGCUGCAGCAAGCCCCGAGGGACAAGGACUGGGACACCAUCAACACCAGCACCAGCCCGACUCACCAGAUACGCCUCACUCGGGGCACGACGGCGAGACGCCGCAGCACGAUGCGUUCCACGGCGGGCACCCCGACGACCCCAAGCGGCCGCGCGCAUGCGAGGCGUGCCGCGGGCUCAAGGUGCGAUGCGAGCCGGAUCCGAACGACGCCGAGGGGCCGUGUAAGCGGUGCAAGAAGGCCGGGCGGAACUGCGUCGUGACGAUGCCGACGAGGAAGAGGCAGAAGAAGACGGACUCAAGGGUCGCAGAGCUGGAGAAGAAGAUUGAUGCGUUGACGGCGAGCUUGCAGGCCCGUGGAAGCUCGGCGGCGCCGGCGCCGCCUACAAUGACGAACGCGCCGUUGGGAGGAAGUGCGCAAGCCGCCACGGCCACGCCGGGGAGAGACGAGAAUCCGUAUAAGAAGGGAUGGGGCGAUCACGGACUGGCGAGGGGUUGGGUUUCGAGCACGGUCGCCGGGACGGGGUUAUCUGUCGAGGGACUCGAUCCGCACGAGGCGCACGCGGCGGAGAAGGGACGGUACGACCACAUCACGUUCCCGGCGCCCGCCGCCGCAGGGAAAAAGAGGAAGCUUUCGGAUCGCGGGGACGAUACGCCGAGCAGCGAUAUACACGAAGGGGGCGGAGGCGGUGGCAGCAUCGGAGCCCGGCCGGCGCCUCCGAUCCAUAUGGGCAGUGAUUACGCCGACGUUGUGGAGCGCGGGAUCCUGAGCGCGGAGAAGGCGGCGGAGCUGUUUGAACGGUACAAUACGCUCAUGGCACCGCACAUGCCGGCGGUGGUGUUUCCGCGCGGCGCGACGGCGGAGGAGACGCGGCGGGUGAAGCCGCUGCUGUUUUUGGCCAUCAUGGCGGCGUCGAGCUCCGAGAGCCCCAACGUGCAGCGGAGGCUGGUCAAGGAGCUGAUGCAGAUUUUUGCAGAGAAGAUUAUCAUUACGGGCGAGAAGAGUUUGGAGAUUGUGCAGGCGCUGCAGGUGGCCGUGAUUUGGUACUGGCCUCCCGAGCACUUUGAAGAGCUCAAGUUUUACCAGCUCGUGCACAUUGGCGCCGUGAUGGCGCUGGACAUCGGGCUGGGGCGGCGUACGGCGGGGAGAAAAAUGCAGGUUCCCUACCAGUGGCGGAAUCACCCGUUCAAGAGGGCGCCGCCGCCGGACCCGACGACGUGCGAGUGCCGCCGAGCGUGGCUGGCUGCGUAUUUCCUGGCGGCUAACACGUCCAUGGCGCUGCACCGGCCGAACCUGGUGCGGUGGACGAGCUUCAUGGCGGAGUCGAUGAAGGCGCUUCAGACGAGCGCGGACGCGGCGCCGUCGGAUAAGUAUUUCUGUCAUCUCGUGUGGACGCACCGGCUGGCCGAGGAGGUGGGGAUCCAGUUCUCCAUGGACGACCCGGCCGUGGUGCCUAAUAUUACGGAUGCGAGGACGCAGUAUUCGCUGAGGAUGCUCGAGAGGGACUUGGAGAAGUAUAUUGCCUCCGUGCCCAAGGAGGAAAUGCAUUCAACCCUCAAAAUGACCUUUCAAGUCCUCUCGCUGUACAUGCACGAAAUCGCCCUCCACACCCAAAUGGACGAUAUCCGCCCACCCUUUGACACGGCAACGCUCAAGGACGGCAUGCUCCCGAACCUGACCCUGACAACCUCCCACAUCAACGCCCUCUCGGCCUGCCUCUCGGCCAUUGAUGGCAUAUUCGAGGCAUUCUUGGCCAUGGAGGUGCCCAGCAUCCGCUGCCUGCCCGUCUUCAACUUUGUGCGCGUGGCGUACGCCGUCGUUGUGCUCAUCAAGAUGUACUUCUCCGCGACGGCGCCGGGCUCGGAGCUGGGGAAGGUCAUUGACAAGGAUAACAUGAAGGUGGAGUACUACCUCGACGCGCUGCUGGAGAAGUUCCGCGCCGCGGCGUCGGAUGAUCGGAGUCGGCCGGCGGCUAAGUUUCUGAUUGUUCUGGUCAUGUUGAGGAGCUGGUUCUUGAAGCAGAGUAAGGGUCUGGUUACGGGGGUUCCUGUGCCGGAGGGUGGGAAUGCAUCGUUCCAGGGUCCCGCCGCCGCGGGCGUAAAUUCGCAACCCGAGACCCCUGCUUCUGCUACGCAAACUUCGUUCCGGCGGCCAGACGCAACACCCGCCGCCGCCGAGGAGCAGCAGGCGCAGCAACGUGCGUAUCAGCCGGGGGCGCAGCACCCGACGAUGCCAGAGUACCCCGCGGCCAACACGCCUCUACACCUCCUGUCAGAGAUUGCAACACAAAACGAUCGCUCCGGCGGCGGUGGGGCGACGACGAAUAACAUGCUCUGGAAUCCCCCUCCGUCACGACAAUCUUUCCUUUACGACCCCAGCGCUGUGACGCCUGCCGCCAUGGACGGGCCUGGCUCCGGACCGGCCACAGCGGCGUCCAGCGGCACGGCGACGACGACGACGACGACGGUGGCGCGUAACGGCGACGGAGCUGGAGCUGGAGCUGGAGCUGGAGUUGGAGCUGGGGUUGGAGCUGGGCCCGGGGCGCCGGUGGUGGCGCCGUGGCUGAACCCUGUGUGGAACGAUUUACAAACUUUCGGGCUCGAUCCGGGGUUCACGAACGACCUUUCACUGGAAGAAAUUACGACGGGGUUCGGGACGAGCCCGGGGAGCUUGAGCAACGGGAUGCGGUACGUCAUGGCGCAGGAUCCGUGGCUGAGCGGGAUGAGCGGGCUCGGAGAGAUGUUCGAGGGGAUGCCCGGUGGUUCUGGACCGCCCAUGUUUCCCAUGUAA